AUGGCCAUGUUCAAAGGCGGUCCGGGGGCAUGGGACCCGGUGCAUCCGGGUAUCUCCAAGAUUUACCAGUACCGCCCGUUAACACCGAAAUGUCAAGAACACGAUUACACCAUCAGGCUCCUUCAUCUCCUUCCGGCCCGAGACAGCGAUGCUUCUCUCCGUUGCUGGCUGAUUGAGAAGGGCUACAGGGACUACUGGGGGAUACCCGUCUACCACGACUAUCAUGCCGUGUCGUACACCUGGGGCGACCCUGUUUUUCCAGAGGCUCUCGAGGUCCUUCCUAACAGCUUUUCAUCUCCCACCGAGUCACUUGGUGUCAUCCGCAUUACGCAAAAUCUUCACUCGGCCUUGAAGCACCUAAGACGGCGCGAUGUUCCCGUGGUUCUCUGGGUGGAUGCUGUAUGCAUCAACCAGAGCGAUGUCACGGAGCGCAACAGCCAAGUGUCCAACAUGCCCAACAUAUACAAGAAGGCUUCGUCGACAAUAGUUUGGCUCGGGGACGAAUCCGCUGUUGAUGAUGCUCGGUUAUGCAUGAGCUUUUUCGAGAACCUGGGGAGACUUUCGUCAACUUCUCAAGACCAGCAGCAUUCUACCUCCUGGCGAAAACGAUUCGAGAUCAACCAGCUUGUGGGAGACUUCCUGGAUGAAAACAAGGCUGAAAUUGCAUUUUUCCUCGAGAGGCCUUGGUUUCGCCGUCGUUGGAUUGUACAAGAAGUCGUUCUGGCCAAAAGUGUGGCCAUACACUGCGGACGGUGGAAGAUCGACUGGGACACCUUUCACCUCGCCAUGUUUGAGCUCUUUGAGAGCGACCAAGGGAUAUUCACACAAGAUCAUCGCACAACCAUGCGGACAAUGACAGGCGUCCGCAAUGGCGGUCGUACCAUAACAGCAGUGCGCAACAUUGGCGUGGCAGCAAAGAAACAGCUGCCGCUGGACACUCUUGUCGAGUUUGCAUCGUUUCUCUGUGCCGACCCUCGGGACAGACUUUACGCCCUAUAUGGUGUCAUCAAGCGUUGGUCCCCACGCCAGGUCACGAUGCAAUUGAGUCAAAUCAGCAACAUUGAUUAUUCCUUGCCGACCGAGACCGUCUUCACGAACUUCGCAGCUGAAUUAAUGCAGAUCAAUACGCAUGAUCUUCAACUUGUGGCGUCCAGGUACUGGAUUGUCACCCAUGUUUUGCAGCUUGCGACAGCGUUCGGUCAACGGGAUAUGCCGGGUGAUCAUUUCGGUAUCAAGAUCCCGUCAUGGGUGGUGGACUGGACGGGAGAUCUGUGCUUCGAGCCACUGCAACACUCACGAGCAAACGGCGUUGCAUUUGAAGCGCUCAGGGGCAAUGAUGUGGUUCAGUUCCUCCCGAACAAAGAACAUCCAUCUCACCUUGUGAUGGUCGGCAUACCGUUUGACAUGGUCACAGCAACCAUAUCACUUGAUAUCGCCCCAAUGUUACUGACCAAUUCGGUCCACAAAGCCAGAGUAUCUUUGAAUAAGUUUCUCUCCGAAGUGGCUCGUCACGUCCAUGACGAUUCUUACAAGCCGACUUCGGAACAUCUUGUUACGGCCUUGGCAAUUUCACUCGUUGCAAAUUGGGACCAUACUCCCAGCAACUCGUACUUUGCACAAGACCCUCGCUUCAUCCAAGACUUUCUGGCACAACUACGGAAUCAACAGUAUCAUUUGCCUGAAAUGUUACAUAAAUGGCCAGCGUACGUCGAGCUGAUGGCUAUUACAAUGCGAGGACGGUCUCUUUUCCUGACUGCCAAAGGAUACAUGGGCAUUGCAGCAACAGCAGUCAAGACCAGUGACGUUGUCUCUUUACUGGACGGCCAAAGUGUGCCCUUCAUUUUAAGACCGGAGCGAGCCGCAAAAUACUCGGUUUACCAUGGCGAACGGGGCGCCGUGGAAGCGCCGGAUUGUUUCGACUAUCAGGCCAUGAGGUAUAGCUAUGACAUGGCGAUGCUCGCGAGCGACCCAGGCGCAUACAACAGCUUUUCUUUAAUCAGUGAUGCUUACGUGCAUGGCCUCAUGAAAGGGGAAAGUAAUGGGAUAAUGAAGAAACAUGGCGAUGAUCUUGCGCUGAAAAUAAUAUCAAUUUCUUGA